AUGGAUCAGCAUAAAAGCAAAGAGCAGGAAGUAAUUAACAAUGAACCAGAGGAUUUAUUGUUAAUAAGAACCUAUGGUGACAAUUCUAGUGCUCGAUCAUCAGGUCAACUAAAUAUUCGAGAUUCACCAAACAAGCCAUUUAACUAUCCUUAUGUCAUUCCACCAAAAAAAGACUUAAUAGAUUUAUUACAAGAACAAGAGUUACAACCGCAACAAAAAGAACCACAACAACAACAACAACAACAACAACAACAACAACAACAACAACAACAACAACAACAACAACAACAACAACAGCAACAACAACAACAACAACAACAACAACAACAAGAUCAACCACUACAACAACAACUACAACUACAACUACAACAACAACUACAACUACAACAACAACUACAACAACUACAACUACGACUAAAAACACUACAAUUACAACAACAACUACAACUACUACAACUACAACUACUACAACUACAACAACCACAACAACAACUACAACUACAACUACUACAACUACAACAACUACAACAACAACUACAACUACAACUACAACUACUACAACAACAAAAAGCAAAAAAAGUUGAUAAGGAUUUGGAAAUAAUUGAGAAAUUUAAAUCAGCAAAUGAAAGUUCACUUUCAAAACAAGAAAAAACAGUAAAAUUCUAUCACAAAGGUACUCUUUACCAAUAUGGUUUUUCUCAAGAAACAUUUGAUAAAACUAUCGAUGCCUCAUUAAGUGAAUUAAUGAUUAGCAUAAAUUGUAGAUACAUAGAGGUGAUUGAUAAAAAUGAAAAAGGUAAAGGAAAAGUGAUCCAUGAUUUAAUUGGUCCAGCCGUAUUCAAUAAUAAGGUAAUUAAUGACAUAAUCUUUGGUUUUUGUUACUACGAUAAAGAGUUUCGAAAUUGCCAAAAACAUUGGUCAUUAAGAAUAAUGGAGCAUAGGACAAAAUAUCCAACAAUUUUGAAUAUAUCCAUAACCAUUUUACGUAACAUCCAGGUUAGAUGUAAAGAUAUUUAUGUAAUUUUGGUAAAUUUAUUAAUGGGUCAUACUUUAGUCACUGGUUUGAAGUUAUUUAUUGAUAAAUUAGUCUCUUUUAUCGAUGGUCUCGGAAAUAAUAAAAAAGUAGAAAUCUUUAAAAUUGAAGAUUUUGAAGAAUUAAUUCGAUUAUUCAAAUUGGAGUAUAUGGAUUAUUCAAUAUCCAUAUAUACAAGGGAUUAUUUUAAAGAAUUAAAGAGAUAUAUAUAUUUACUUCAUCUCUUUUCAACCAAUAAAUUGUCAAAUGAAAAUGUGUUACCAAUAACUCAAAACUAA